CCACUUGUCAUAAAUUGUUUGUUUCCUUCUCUCCCCUUCUAACCGAAAAUGGCUGCCAUUAAUCAACCAUUAUCUGUUCUUACAUCAAACUCCCCUCAGUUGCAUGAAGUUACUCGUCGUUCUGCCAAUUAUCAUCCAAGCGUUUGGGGUGACCAUUUCCUAGCUUACGCUUCUCAUGAAAAGAAAGCAGAAGCACAAGAAUGGCAAGAGCAUCAACAACUGAAGGAAAAGGUGAAGAACAUGAUUGUGAAAGCCCCAUGCAUUUCUUCCCAAAAAUUGGAAUUGAUAAACAAAAUCCAACGAUUGGGAGUGAGCUAUCAAUUUGAGAAGGAGAUUGAAGCAACGCUGCAACUCAUAUUCAAGAACUAUUACGAAUUCAAUGUCGAAAAAGACGAGAACGAACUUUAUGUUGUUUCUCUGCACUUUCGACUACUUAGACAACACGGCUAUCAUGUACCUUGCAGUGUGUUUGAAAAGUUCACUGAAUAUGAUGGAAAAUUCAAGGAAUCAUUGACCAACAAUGUGGAAGCAAUCUUAAGUUUAUACGAGGCGUCACAUCUUAGGGUGAAAGGGGAGAAGAUUUUGGAUGAAGCACUCAUAUUUACUACUUCUCGCUNAUUGCUGCGGUUUAGUCCUUUGUGA